CAUUACUGAGGCAUCUGCCAGAGGUCUAGGCUGGAGGACCAGCUUCCCUGCCGCAGCCUCUGUGCUCUGGGGAGGCCCUAGUAAGUCAUUUCUGGAGGACAGAAGUGGAGGCCUGGGCCAAGAGGCUGGCCACUUGACUUGAUCCCGGUAAGGACCAUGUUCCUGUUUUUGUCACUUCCUGUCCUCCUUCUGUGUGUGGUGACAGCAUCCUAUGCAGAAACAAAAGCCUGUGAGGAUGCCCAGAAGACCUGUUCAGUCGUGGCCUGUGGCAUCCCGGUAACAAAUGGCACUCCAGGGAGAGAUGGGCGAGAUGGACCAAAGGGAGAAAAGGGAGAACCAGGGCAAGGGCUCAGAGGCUCUCAGGGCCCUCCAGGGAAAAUGGGGCCUCCAGGAAACAUAGGGAUUCCUGGGCUUCCAGGAUCAAAAGGUCACAAAGGAGAUCGUGGAGACAGUAUGGUUGCCGAGGGUAAGCUGGCUAACUUAGAGGGACAUAUAAGGAACCUGAAAUCACAACUGGAUCACGUCAAAAAGUUGCAAACCUUCUCCUUGGGCAAAAAGUCUGGCAAGAAGCUCUACGUGACCAAUGGUGAAAAGAUGCCUUUUUCCAGAGUGAAGGCUCUGUGCGCUGAGCUUGGGGCCACCGUGGCCACCCCCAAGAAUGCUGAGGAGAACAAAGCUAUCCAGGACAUGGCCCCUGACAUGGCCUUCCUGGGCAUCACUGAUGAGGUGACAGAAGGCCAGUUUAUGUAUGUAACAGGAGGGAUGCUGGGCUACAGCAACUGGAAGGAGAAUGAGCCUAACAACCAUGGCUCAGGGGAGGACUGUGUGCUCCUCCUAGGAAACGGGCUCUGGAAUGACAUCUCCUGUGCAUCCUCCUUCUUGGCCGUCUGUGAAUUCCCAGCCUGAAGAGGCAGAUUCCUCUGCCCCCUCCUUGGGUCGCUGCUGAGCUCUCUGCUGUUCUGAAAGAGAAUUCAAUGCCUGUUUUCCCA